CGGGGUCUCUUGCACACUCGGUAUUGCGUGCGUUAACUCUAACGAAUAAUAGAUUCUGUACAUCUAUCUAUAAGAAAGUGUUGCCAUGUUCUGUAAGAUGUCUAUGAGCUUAUUUGCUAUAGCAUUUCUUUUCUUAAUUCUUAUUGCGAAUGGUGAAGCUCAGUUAAAUUUUUCUACCGGAUGGGGCCAAGGUAAAAGGAGCCAAGAUAUGCGAAUUAGAUCGAGUGGCACGGAUUGUUCGUCGCAAGGUGCAUCGCUGGAACAAUUGUUAAAAUUAUAUUCGUUCAUUCAGAUCGAAGCACAGAGGAUCUUGGAUUGUCAAACCUUAAACAAAUGAGCCAGGAAAAUGUCAUUGGUCUUAUCAACUGAACUCGUGCCGGAAUGUGACGUUAAUUGUCAGAAUUAAAAUAACGAUAUUUGGAUAAUGCAACUGAAUCGCUACACGUCUUAUCAUUUACUUUUCCGAACAUUCGAAUAGAUUGACGUACACAAGUCAUGUACAUCGAUAUGGAUAACUUUCUAUUUACUUUAUGUAUCUACGACGUUCGAGAAAUUUCUCUGUUUAACGACACAAUAUAAACUAAUUUUAUUUUUAUCUGCUUGCUAUAUGCUUUGUACAUAAUAUGUAUUGCCGCGUGAGCUAAUAUUGAGACAAGUGGCAAGUUGGUAUCGAAGCUGGUCUUCUUACGGCCCUGAGAACGUCUACUGUUGAAGAUUAUCUAUAAAUGUUGCAUUCCCACAAAUGUAAUUUUAAAAAAUAAACAGGCAUCUUUAACUGUUAUCUGUAACUGUAUUCUGAAAAUAA